CUAAUGAUAAACCAUCAAGUUUGUGAUGAUUAUUUUCAUUUUCAAAGUAGAUUCCCAUAAAUUUAUUAAACCUGAAAUUGUUUAGUUUUUUCUCCAUCCCCAUAUUAAAAAAGGUUCGCCAUAAUUUUUAAAACGAGAAUUUUUCGAAAUAAAAUUAGCGCAUUCUAGCGGUGAUUUCCGGUGAACAAGUUGCGUUCUCAAAGCGACAUAACCUAAAACCUGCUUUUGUUCUGACGCCGACAUACGUUGUUGUUACAAUUUGUUUGGCUAUUGAAAUUUCAUCUAACAAUGGCUACUCCUGCAGCUGUUCCCAAACCCAAGUCUGAAAUGACUCGUGAAGAGUUGGAAAAAUUUGAAGAACAUCAAUUUAACACCGGACCGUUAUCCAUCCUUAUUAAUGCGGUCAAGAAUAAUACACAGGUGCUGAUCAACUGUCGCAACAAUAAAAAGCUGUUGGCCCGUGUGAAGGCGUUCGACCGCCAUUGCAACAUGGUGCUGGAGAACGUGAAAGAAAUGUGGACGGAAUUGCCACGCAGUGGAAAAGGAAAGAGCAAGGCUAAGCCAGUAAACAAGGACAGAUUCAUCUCGAAAAUGUUCCUGCGCGGCGACUCUGUCAUCUUGAUUCUCAAAAAUCCCUUGGCCACUGCCGAAGGAAAAUAAGAACUUUACUUUCAGUAUAAAAUUGUCAUCAAGUUAUCUCCGGUGAAGAUCGAUCCUAGAUCUACGAUCAAUCCUAAUCAGAGAUCAAGACUUGUAUCAACAUUCAUCCUAGUUCUACGAUCGAUCUUAAUCCGAGAUCAAUAAUUUUUGGUCUCGUGUCUUCAUUGAUCCUAGAUCUACGAUCAAUCCCAACCGGAGAUCAAGGUUCCCUCACGUGUCAACGACUAGCGGAUAUUAAUUUUCGAUCGUUCAUUAAGUCCUGGAUUUUAUUAAGCUUGAUGAUCAUGAAUUUUUAUCAAUCUAAAUGUUCAAUAAGCAUUCGAUGUUAGUGUAUUAGAUGUUGUUCAAAUGGAAGAUGAGAUGUUACAAUUCUUCAUCAAUAUCCCCAAUAUCGUGAAGUAUAUCAACUUAAUCCAAAGUAUAAGAUUUCUUUUUAUCUAUCUUAAUUUCCAGGAUAUUUGAUAUUAUUCGUGUAGUAGAUGUAAUAAAGUGGAAUAUGUUUUAUGUUUCCUAUUCUUCAUAAAUAUCUUUAGUUUUCGCAUAUAGUUAGAUCCGUCUUCAGCAGUGAUAAAGACUUUGUUUUCAAACAUAAUGAGUUUUAUCAACCGCUAUGUUGUGAGAAUUUGAUUUUUUGUGUAAUUUUGUAAUAAAUGUAUUUCAGUGCG